GCAAAGUAUCGACCGCCACAGGCGCAAGACAAGUUGUUCCCUUCCGAAGAAGGUCUGCCGCCUGGCCUCCGGACGGCAGUACUUGUCGCUCGCAAUCUCUCUGCCUGUGUGGCUGACUCUGGUUCCGCUCCCCUCAAACACGCUGUCAGUAUGUCUUUAUUCAGCCUGGCCAAGAUACCGAGGAUGGGCGACAGCGAGGUCGAUGAUCAGGAACUCCCUCUCCUGGACGGUGGGGUAGACGAAGAUGCCCUCGAGGGGGGCGCGGCACGCAAAGAACUUCGAGACUUGAGGAGAUACCAUCAUUCUAUCGUCAUUAGAUUGACCACCAUCUUUGUCGCUUACCUCCAAUCCUCUGCACUGGCUAUCAGGGCGAAGGUGGUAUUGCCAUCAGAAGGGCAUGGAGAAGAUACAGGCGGAGGGAGCGGUGGUAGCAAACUCCGCUCGAUACUUUCAGUCGCCUGGAUCGCCGUUAGACCGACAAUACUGUCACCCCGCCAAAAGCGAAAGGUAUACCCGACUGCUUGGCUGGAUGGUGUUCGAGGGCUCGCCUGUUUCAUGGUUGUCUUCUACCACAACAGCUUGCUAUUGUAUCCCGGGCACUGCGACGCUUGGAAGAAAGACGAUCCACACUUCUUUAGGCUACCUGUCGCACGAUUACCCUGUUCGGGCCCAGCAAUGGUUGAUGUUUUUCUGGUCAUCAGUGGGUAUGCACUCAGCGUGCGACCUCUCUCGCUUGCACGGGCCGGAGACCUCCACAAGCUUACGGAAUCUCUUUCCUCUGGCGUUUUUAGAAGGGCGAUCAGGCUAUAUACGCCAGUCAUAUUCCUCACCUUUACGAACGCCAUGUUAAGCUAUUUCGAACUAUGGGACCCCGCAGGCGCGGACCAUGUCCCGCAUCACAGUACCCUUGGUCUCACCUUGUGGGCAUGGCUGGACGACUUGAUGACGGGGCUGAAUCCGUUUACCCUCUCCAAAUUUCGCACCUGGGACAUGAAGGGUCUUCGCUACGCGAUCGGAAUGUGGACGAUACCUUUCGAGUUCCGUGGCUCGAUCGUGGUUUUUGUGUCACUCCUCGCGCUAGCUAGAGUCCGCUGGAUACUGCGGUCUGCUCUUCUCUGUGCCGGCGCAAUCUACAGUAUCGCACAGGGGGAAUGGGACAUUUUCCUGUUCCUCUCGGGACCAAUCUGCUGUGAAAUGCAUAAUCACUUUGAUCGCCGAAAGUCACCAUCCGCAGAGGGCGAGAAAACACUCGGGUCCAGAAAUCGAUUGCUGUCGAUCAUCGAAAAGCUCGCCCUUGUGUUUGGUCUUCUCAUUCUUCUAGCCGUCCUCACUAUGCCACCGGAUCUCGGCGACAUCCAGUUGUACCAUAUUAUCACAGCAAUUGACCCCAAGAGUUGGAAGAAUCUGCCGGCAGUAGGCAGUUUUCCAGUGUGUAUAGCCUCGGUCUUGCUGGUCUUUUAUAUUGGCCAGUCUCGAUUUUUCCGCAAUCUCCUCUCGUCGUCAUUUCCGCAAUAUCUCGGCGAUAACUCAUUCGGCAUAUAUCUCAUGCAUGUCACCUUGAUUAACAGUAUCGGACGACCGCUGAUGCGUGCGAUAUUAUUUGCGAAAGCCAUGAUGGGCUUUAAGGCGGCCCUUGCAGAUCAGAUAGGGUCUUGGCUGGUGUUGGUAACUUAUGCUGCCAUCGCUAUCCCGGUGCUGUUUUGGAUCAGCGAAUUGGUCACUCGAUAUGUGGACCAGGGUAGUGUCCAGCUUGCAAAAUGGUUGGAGCAGAGAUGUCUACAAAAGGAUGAAUAGCUCGAUAUAGCCGCGAAGACAUUACAUUAUUUUCGAAUAGCACGUUUAUUGUAAAAGC